AACUGCCAACCAAUGGGUGGUGGCAGCGCUGAUUCUGUUCCACGAAUAGGGAGAGCGCGGUUGGGCGAGGUUGGUUGCUUCCGGGAGACCACAGGUGUGGAAGCGAGCGCCGUGCCUCCAGUCGGACCGGCUUCUGAAGCCAGCAGGCAUCAACAAGCACGAUUUUGAAGGGCCAAAUUCAGACGAUCAGAGCCGCCCCUGGUAGGGCUCCUUCUCUCGAGAUGCUGAGCUCAGGUCCCUUCUGUUGGGCUGGCUGAGAAAAGGGGCCACUCAAAAUGGCGGACAACCAAGAUGGCCGAAUCUCCCGCCAGAACUCCUGCAGCAGCUAUGUCAACCCCAGUAAACCGAAACCUAAGCGGGAAACCGAAACUCUCUGCCCGGGACUCCAGGUGACCAAUGGGCUACUUACAACCAGGCAUAGUUACCAAAAAGGAGAAUCCUAUCAGUUCUCCUACCUCCUCACCGGAAUUCCCCCCAGCGGUGCCCAAUAAAAACCCUCGCUGCCCUGCCCUGGGCGCAACUUCCCCGACUCCCUGCUCCGGAGUCGUGGAACCUCGCCGGAGGGUGCUUGCAAUAAAGUUCCUCCCUCAAACCACGUUUGCCUUGCGGUCUUGAUUUCAUUGGCGACGAGAAAAAACCUAACAUUUGGUGCCGAAACCCGGUAGGAGAUCCAGCCCCUGCUUCGGCACGGAGGCUCUCUCCUCCUCUCAAGCGGACUGGGACCCCUCUCUCUCUCUCUCCAAACAUCUCUCGGAACUUGCUGUGGUGCCAACUCGACCGUGUCUUCAGUGCCACAUGAUGAGACAUUGGAAAUCAGACUGUCCUAACCUCGGGGAAUCCUCAGCGCCUCUACACGGGGGCAACCUCGAGACGGUAAGUCCGGCCUUCCAGCUGCUCGGGUUGGAGGACGAUUGAUGGAGCCCAGACUCGGACACCCCUCUCACCCAGGCUGAGCCCAGGGUUGCGCUCCAGGUAGCGGGAGCGGGGGUUCCUGACCACCAAGGGCACUCCUAUAGUUAAUGGGCCUCUCACUGCCAAAUUACUCGAGGCCCUUAGCUUGCCCACCGAGGUAGCAGUAGUCCACUGCCAUGGCCACCAGACCUCCAAGGACCCGGUCUCCCAAGGCAAUAACAGGGCGGACUUAGUGGCCAGGCAAACGGCCCUAAACACCUCUUUGGCUCCGAUCCUCUUCCUCAACACCCCCCACGGGCCUUCUUACUCUGAAAAGGAGGUGCAAACCCUCCAAGGCCUAGGGGGAAAACCCGGAGACAAGGGAUGGAUCUACAUCCAGAAUAAAAUUGCCCUGCCGGAAAACAUGGCUCACACCCUAAUCACAGACAUUCACCAGUCUCUCCACGUUGGCCCAAAGGCCCUCCACCAGUUCCUGCAACCUCUUUUUCACCACCCUUCCCUAUCUCGGGUAAUUGGGACAGUUCACAGAGCCUGUAAAACCUGUUAGGCCGUAAAGGCACAGGGUGGAAACUGCAGACCAGGGCCCAACCAACAACUCCGUGGCCAUUAGCCAGAAGACUGGCAACUGGACUUCGCUCAUAUGCCCCGCCACAAAACCUUCCGAUACCUGUUAACUCUGGUCGAUACAUUCACAGGCUGGAUCGAGGCAUAUCCCAUGGCCUGAGAGCGGAUACAGUGGCCACAAUUCUCAUUGAGCACAUCAUUCCGAGAUUCGGACUACCCCGAACUCUGCAGUCAGACAAUGGACCUGCUUUCCUCUCCAGUAUAACCCAACAGGUGGCAGAGUCUCAACAUCACCUGGAAACUCCACAUCCCCUACCACCCUCAAUCGUCGGGUAAGGUAGAAAAAGCCAACGGGUUCCUCAAGGCACAGCUCACCAAACUGACCUUGGAAACCCAUCUUUCGUGGCCCACACUCUUGCCCCUGGCCCUCACCAGGCUUAGGGCAACCUCUGCGGACCUUCAGGAUUAAGCCCAUUUGAGCUGCUGUACGGCCAACCUUUCCUCAUAAACCACAACUUCCCAGCCUCUCCCCCACCUCUCCUUUCCUACCUGCCUUACCUCACCCUCCUGAGGGCCCUCCUGAGAGCUCAUGCUGAUGCUGUUAUCCCUGCCCCAAACGAUCAUGACCGUAAGGAAGCCCCCGCUCAAGGGCUAUUCCCAGGGGACCAGGUCCUCCUCAGAAAUCUGCAACCAGGCUCCUUGCAGACGCGAUGGACAGGGCCUCAUACUGUCAUCCUCACCACCCCAACUGCGGCAAAACUGCUGGGGCACCAGGCGUGGGUACACAUCAACAACCUCAAACGGGCGCCUACAGGUAAUGACUGGACCUCUCAGAUGGUAGGCCCUACCAAACUUCGCUUGGUACGGGGUCCUCCCUCUGGUUCUCCUGAGCCCCCUGACCCAAGCGACAGAAUGUGAAUGCAUGCGUGGCAGCGGACGCACAAGGUACUUCCAGUCAUUCACCUAUAUGCCUAGUAAAUGCUACGCAGGAAAGUCCCCAUAUACUUGCACAUCUGUCCACGCCCCAGGAAGAACCUUCUGGAUGUCUGACCUCACUGAAAGGUACAGUCACCCUUGUGACACUUACCCCAAGACGGGGAAGGUCUGCUGGACAUAUCUGGCCCAGAUAGGAGACUCUGACAGAGGAGAGGUCCAGGACCAGGCCGGCCGUAACCAAACCCAGCAAAUAGGAGGUUACAUGAGCAACUACAAGCCGAGGCCUAUCCCACCUACAAGGGAAUCAAUCUCAACAGCAUCCAGAAGGUUCCCACCACUGAGCAACUGACAGUGGCCCUUUUAAACUCCAGCUAUAACCUGUGGCGGAACGUCUCUCAGGACCGUGACUGCUGGAUCUGUUUCCCCUUCUCUACUCUCUCUAACAUUGUGGGGAUACCCAUUCCAACCCGGUGGCCCCUCCCCAAUUCCACCAUCAACAAUAAGACAGUCCACAUCGGACCCAUUGGAGGGACCAUACCAAUCCUUAAUCUUUCCUCCACCAUCGACACCCUCACCCCUCGCACCGCCAACAUCACCUCCUCCCUUCCUUACUGCACUCCCUCGGGGGUGUUCCUCUCGUGCCCCAAGGGAAUCUAUCGCUGCCUGACUACUAAUGACCUGGGCGCAACUUCUCCGACUCACCACUCUUUCCUGACUCACCACUCUUUCCUGAGUCGUGGAACCUCGCCCGAGGGUGCUUGCAAUAAAGUUCCUCCCUCGAACCACGUUUGCCUUGCGGUCUUGAUUUCAUUGGCGACGAGAAAAAAAAAAACCUAACACCUUCCUAGCUCAAUCUAAAAGCCAUUGGGUAAAUUACUUGGCAGCGCCCUUUGCUUGAGAAAGGGAUUGGGAUGAGGCUUGCUUACAUGCCAAGGGAAUGAGAGACAGGACGGGCAAGCCCCAAAGGAAGAGGUGGGGAUCAGAAGUAAUUGUAACCCCUCAUCCCUUAUUAGUGGUUCCUGUUUCCCCUGCUGCCGGAAGUCUCUGCCCCAACCUCAGGCUUACCGCUUCAGGUUACAGUUGAAGUGUAAGUAUCAGGGUAAAGAUUACCAUCAAUAUCUCUAAGAGUAGAGAGGACUCAUCUUGCCUUUUAAGUUUUUUUCAUUAAAUCUUCAGUUCUUCCUUUGUGCGCAAUGGGGAAGUUCUUUUAUUCCCAGUAGAGUUCAGGGGAUUUGGGCUAUUCAGGAGACAACUUGGGGGGAACAAAUUCAAAGACACGUUGAGAGGAAAUUGAGUUGGACUCCUGCCUGAUCCCCGACGGCGGUAGGAUGAACGUGGGGGUAGCACACAGCGAAGUAAACCCCAACACUCGAGUGAUGAAUAGCCAGGGCACCUGGCUGGCCUACAUCAUCUUGGUAGGACUGCUGCAUGCGGUUCGACUCAGCAUCCGCUUCUUCAGCAUUCCUGUUGUCUGGACCCUGACCAACGUCAUCCAUAACUUGGCUAUGUAUGUCUUCUUACAUACGGUGAAAGGGACACCCUUUGAGACCCCUGACCAAGGAAAGGCUCGGCUACUGACACACUGGCAACAGAUGGACUACAGGCUCCAAUUUACCUCUUCCCGCAAAUUCCUCAGCAUCUCUCCUAUCGUACUCUACCUCCUGGCCAGCUUCUACACCAAGUAUGAUGCUGCUCACUUCUUCAUCAACACAGCCUCAUUGCUCAGCGUAUUGCUGCCUAAGUUACCCCAAUUCCAUGGGGUUCGUCUCUUUGGCAUCAACAAAUACUGAGGGAUGGGACUGGGGGUAACGCUGGACCAAAGGGCUGUAACAUCCUUUCGUUCUCCAUAUUGUCUUCUGUAUCUUGAAAGCCUGAGAACUAUUAACCUUUCCCAAACUCCCAGGAAGAAAACAGAUUAGAAAAUGGGGCUCCCUGGGCCCAGCCCUGCUAAGAGCAGAUUUUUUUGAAACAGGAAAGGUGGGAAAGAUAAAGGCCAAAUCACUCUCCCUCACAGCAGGAAGCCAUGUUUGAGCAGUUUGGUGAUUAAGUUUUUCCAGAUCUUCCACCUACACCACCUUCCAGCUCUGUUCUGCUGUGUAUUUUCCUUAAAAUAAAGUUUUGUUGUUUUUUUUCCAGA